CAGCCAACCUCCUGGCUCUCCCCAGGGGCGCGGCCACGAAUCACCCGUGCGGAAUCCCCACUCCCGCCCAAUCUCCGCGCAGCGCCCGGCCCGCCCGGUAGCGGGCGAGGGGCGGGACUGGCAACCCACGAGGGAGGGCUGGGCGCCGAGUCCAGCUCCGCUUCCUCGCCCGACACAGCUGCUGCUCCCGUUCCCCGCUGCUGUUGCACGCCGCUCCGCCGCUUCUGCCGCCAUGAGCACGGAUCCUGUCGUCUUCGUUUCCGCCGCCAGGACGGCCAUCGGUUCCUUCAACGGCGGCCUGUCCACGUUGCCGGCUCACGAGUUGGGGGCCGCCGUCAUCCGGGAGGUGCUGCGGCGGGCCGGGCUGGCCCCCGAGGAGGUGACGGAGGUGAUCCUGGGGCAGGUCCUCACCGCAGGUGCUGGCCAGAACCCUGUCCGGCAGGCGAGUGUUGCUGCAGGAAUCCCUUACUCUGUGCCUGCUUGGAGCUGCCAGAUGAUCUGUGGGUCAGGCUUGAAAGCAGUAUGCCUGGGUGCUCAGUCUAUACUGACAGGAGACUCCAGCAUAGUGGUUGCAGGAGGCAUGGAAAGUAUGAGCAAGGCUCCUCAUGUCAUUCACAUGCGAGCUGGAGUGAAAAUGGGAGAGGCUUCCUUGCAGGACACUAUAAUACUUGAUGGCCUUACAGAUGCUUUUUAUCAGUACCAUAUGGGUAUAACAGCUGAAAAUGUGGCCAAUCAGUGGCAAGUCAGCAGAGGGGAACAAGACCAACUUGCUGUACAGUCACAGAACAGGGCAGAGGCAGCACAGAAAGCUGGCUAUUUUACGAAAGAAAUUGUUCCUGUUCUUGUACCUUCUAAAAAAGGUCCUAUAGAAGUUAAGACAGAUGAGCACCCUCGACAUGGGAGCAACUUGGAAACAAUGGCAAAAUUAAAGCCAUGUUUCCUGACAGAUGGAACUGGGACAGUAACAGCAGCUAAUGCUUCAGGUAUUAAUGAUGGAGCUGCAGCUGUAGUUCUAAUGAAGAAAUCGGAAGCUGCUAAGAGAGGUCUCAUGCCUUUGGCUCGGAUUGUAUCUUGGGCUCAGACUGGUAUAGAUCCAUCUAUAAUGGGAGUAGGGCCCAUUUCAGCAAUAAAGAAAGCUAUUGAAAAAGCCAGCUGGACUUUGGAACAAGUUGACCUGUUUGAAAUUAACGAAGCCUUUGCAUCACUAGCUGUUGCAAUAGCAAAAGAACUGAAAGUCAGUCCAGAAAAGGUUAAUAUCCAAGGUGGAGCUAUUGCUCUUGGCCAUCCUCUUGGCGCCUCUGGGUGUCGCAUCCUUGUUACACUUCUACAUGCACUGGAACGAACGGGGGGAAAACGUGGCAUUGCUGCUCUCUGCAUCGGAGGAGGCAUGGGAAUAGCCAUGUGUGUCGAGAGAUGAAGGUGGAUAAACGA